AUGGCCCAGCGAUACAUCUCCAAUAACCUCCCAGCUCAGAGUCUGGGAUCAGACCCUAAAGAGCUGCUAACUUAUGCUCUCGAACUUGUCGUUCGACACACGCCGCCCCGCAAAGUGUAUCAUGAGCACCACCUUGGCGGUCUCUUCACUGGGUACACUGGCCUCGCCUAUCUGUUUCUUCAGCUCUCCGAGCUUCAUCCAGACCUGCAGAUAUCUGGUCAGAAACUGAUAUCCUGGGCGCAGCGAUAUCUCGAAGGAGACCGAGGGAAACUUGUCUUGGAGAAGGGUAACUGCGGCAUAUCAUCUGAAAAGUUAUCAUUCCAGGCAGUAAGAGUAUGCGUGACUAAGGAAGAAGAUCACUUAAUAGAGUUCCUUAGCAACAUGCCCAUACUUCUUGGUCCAUACACAAUCCCUCAGGAAGAUGCGUUCCCGUCAGAGAUACCAUACGGAAGAGCGGGCGCUUUAUACUUGCUGCGCAUGGUGAGACACUGGAUGCCAAGGAGUGAGACUCUCAUCGAAUCUCCUCUUCGACGACUAACGGAGAGGAUUAUGUCCACGGACGAUGACGGACGAGGAAAUUGGGAGUGGCAUGGGAAACGAUACUUUGGCGCAGCUCAUGGCGAUAUUGGUAUCAUCACACAGGUUGUUCUCUCGAACCCAUCCCUCGCUCCACAACUCACCCGACGUCUGGAAAAGCUCCUCGAGCUUCAGCUACCGGACGGAAAUUGGCCGUCAAGCGUACGAAGUCUCAAGGAAGGCAAAGGCGCAAGCCUAAUCCAAUGGUGCCAUGGUGCCCCUGGGUUUUUGUACUCGCUGCAAUCCCUACGCCCUUAUUUCCCCGAACUUCAAAGCCGUAUCGACUCGGCCAUCGAAAAGGGGGAGAGCAUAACCUGGAGACAUGGUCUGCUAACCAAGGAGCCAUCCUUAUGUCAUGGUAUUUUUGGGAACGCAUUGGUACUCCCUCAAGGAGCUAAACGGCAGCAUUUCCUCGCGCUGGCCACAGCCGAUGCCGUGGAGAAAGUACGCCGGCAUAACCCGGACCUCUUCGAGCCUGCAUCUUAUGGUCACAAAGCUGCAGUUCUCAUGAAUUACUUACCGAGUGCCGCGUGGACAUGGGCUGUUUGUGAGCAGAAACACCCUCGUCUCAUUAUGUACAAUGAUGUAUAA